CUCAGGCCUCAGGAGUACCAUGAUAAGUUCGGGCGAGAACAUACCCAUUGUUCACUCUCGCUCUCAUUAUGGUGACCCUUCCAAGUCCAAGUGCAGCAGCGGGAGACGCUGCUAAUGCACCACAAGUCAGCGGGCCGGUGGUAGAACGCAUCGUAUCGCAUCCGGGUUUGAGCCAGUUCCAGGGAAAGAGUGCUUCAGCGUGCGGAUUGGCUGCCUUGAACUUUGCAAGACAUGUGUUCGAACGGAGAAGGAACGGCGAGUCGACAGAGCGUAUUCUCCAAGAAAUCGUCAGAAAACCAUCCAUGGAGGAAAUCAUUUCCAUAACUUCCGGGUGGACAGACGAUGGACAUCUCGAAGUCGAUCAGAUAUGUCAGCUCCCGCUGUUCAAGAGCACACUCAAGCUAGUCCACACGCAGUUUGGUCAGCCGACAAAGGGGGACUUCAGAACUCUUCUUCGCAACCUGGGACGUACCACUUCCUCAUGCGCAGUCGCCAUUGUCACACGUCCUCCCGAGAUCAUUGCCUGCUUGAAGAUCACCAACUCUGGCGGCAACACUUUCGUCAUCUUUGACUCACACCCUCGUCCAGAUCACCCAGACGGGGCUGCCCUAAUUCUCGUCAACUCGGUCGAGGAGGCUGCUACUCGUCUGAGUGCGAUCCUACCAUACGACGACGCUCUCAUGUGCGAUGAUCGCCUCCAGUGGCAAGCACAGCUCCUUGGACAGUUUUCCAGUCACACCUUCAUUGCACGGGAGUUUGAUUCGUCAUCAACGGCCAUGACCUAUCUCGUCGCAGAUGCCAGUCUCACCAUUCUCUCCUUACAAGCCAAGGUUGCCGCUCUAGAGUCCCAGAACUCUUUUCUCACGUCGGAGAACAAGCGCUUGGAGACGGAGGCGGAGCAGAUGGAGGACACCCGGACCGCUUUAGAAGCCCAGCUGCGUGAAUUAGCUAAGCCUUCUUCUCGCGGAGCCCCAGCAUAUCCGCGUUCUAGUGCUAAGAACGCAGAAGCCGGACCUUCUCGUCCUCGAUUUCCAGACAAUGUAGGAGAAGGAAGAGCCGAAGAUAGGCAUGAUGUUUCGAUGUUGGAGCCCGAAGCCGCGCAUGACCCCACAGCGCAGUUGGUUGCUGAAAUGCAGCAACGAUUCGAUCAGGAAGACCGCCACAUCCGACAACAGCGCGAGAGUCUCGCCGCGAGCCAACAGAAGCCGUUCGAAUGCAACAUAUGUUUCGAAGAGCAAUCUGAAGACUUCGCUGUGAGACUGCAGCCAUGCGGACAUCCGUUUUGCCGGUCCUGCGCUCGAGAGUUCAUUCUGUCGAACAUCAACGAUCACCGAUUUCCCGUCCUUUGUCCCGUGUGCUCGGCGGAAAAGGCUGAGAAGCCCAGUACUAUCGACUCAUGGCUGGUAGAGCAGAUAGGGGUUAAUCAAGAGCAGUAUGCCAUUUGGACGGAGAUGGAGCUCGCUCGGUUUUCUAUCUUAUUGCAUUGUCGCUCGUGCAAACGCAGUGUCUUUAUCGAUAGGCAGGAUCACGACGAUACGAAGAUCCUAGCGUGUCCUUUACCUCGAUGUAAUCACAUCUGGUGCAAGGCAUGCCAAGCAUCCAUACAACUGGACGGUCCCCCGCAUUCGUGCGAUGGCUCAUCUGAGCUCGACCACCUCAUGAAACAGAGGGGAUGGAAGUAUUGCCCAAACUGCAAGACUCCCUGCGAGAAAGUAUCCGGGUGUCAUCAUAUGACUUGCAUAUCAGCUGGAUGCAAUACGCACUUCUGUUAUCGUUGUGGUGAUGUUAUCGUUCGGUCUGCGAUGCCAAGGGACGUUCAAAGGGCAACGAGUGAUCAUUAUCGGAGAUGCCAGUUGUUUGAUAUUCCCACGUAGUGGGAGAGAUUUUAUGUUAUACGCUAUAGCCAAUGACCCACUAUUGAUGUCAAUCCUCAGCUUCAUGGUUGAGAACUGCAGUGAAAUAUCACGACUUCGUAUUUACCCGCAUGAGUUUGUUCUUUAUGCCCCUUCCUCUUUCGUGGCUGCCACUUAUUCUGCCCAGUGAACAGCGGCCCAUUCCCUCUUCAGAACACCCAUGCUAAGCACAUCCACCCACUUGUUGUCCAUCCAAGUUGCUUCGCGCUUCCGCCCUUCCACCACAAAGCCGAUGCGCUCGUAGACCGCGAUAGCGCGCUCGUUAUUUCCAAACACCAUAAGGGAAACGCGAUGGAGCCCGUACCACUUGAACGCGUGGUCGAUCAUGAACUUCGCUGCCUCGGCUCCGUAACCUUUGCUCCAGAACUCGGGCAGCAGAGCUAUGCUGAAGAGCGCAUCACGAUUCUUCCAUUCGGAGAUCUGGACGAUGCCCUUCCCCAUGAACUCGCCAGUCUCUGUGAGCGUGAUGACAGCGCCAAAGGUGGCGGCGUCGAGCUGCUUCUUGAGUGUCUCUUUGUAGGUGGGCCCGUAGGGCCUAAUUGGUUCGUCUGAGACGAGAGGCAGCACGAGAGGAUCGUCCCGCAGACGCAGGAGGUUGUCCAGGUCGGCUUCGGUGUAUGCACGUAGAGUCAUCCGAUCUGUCUGGAAAGGCAUCUCAG